AUGGACACAUUAUUGAUGAUUGGGGCUAUUGCGGGAGGCUGGUUAGGUAUGGACUUAAUGCAGCGAAAAAGGAUAAACAUACUCCAAGAGACUAUUGUGCGUCAGGAGGUCGAGUUGUAUCGACUUUCGCGUUUCUCACACCUGUGUGCAAUCUUAGGAACAUCAGCUGCUGUGGGAGCGGGGUUGUACUUUCUAUACACGAAGUUGAGAACUUUCAGAGAGGAACCCACGGGUUCUGACUGGACGGCACCCCCAACUUCAUACGAACCUUCGCCAGCGCGAAACGAAAAGGAAGAGUGUGUUGUGUGCUUGCAAAAUCGACGGGAUACACUACUGCAACCGUGCCGCCACCUGCAGGUUUGCUGGGCAUGCUCCACCGGUCUUAAUAGUUGUCCAACGUGUAGAAGCCACAUCACCACGCGGAUACAUACAUUCAAUUCGUGA